AUGUCUAACAACAUUCACCGAAAGAUGCAAGACAUUUCUCUGGGGGUUGAUGAUGAUCCAAUUGCUCUCCCUCAGGCCGUAUGUGCUCAGGCUGCAGAAUCAAACCGGUUCGCGAUUGUGGGUGUAUUACUCAAUCCGAGGAAACAAAACAUGAGGGCUCUUAUCAAUCAAAUGCCCAGACUUUGGGGAUUAGGUUCCCAAGUGGUUGGUCACGUCGUCUCUCCGUCAAGCUUUCAGUUUGUGUUCAAAUCCGAAGAGGCGCUUCAAAUGGUUCUCCGGCGUGGACCAUGGUCUUUCAGCGAAUGGAUGUUGGUUACUAGGCAUUGGUAUCCCAACAUCUCUGAAGCAGAAAUGAAGAUUAUCACUUUCUGGGUCCAGAUUAGGGGAAUCCCUGCCCAAUUCCUUAAUCGUGAAAUGGUUGACUUCAUCGGGGAUAAACUCGGGCAAGUUGUUGACUCUGAUUUCAACGAAGACGCCAAUCUAACGGAUUGUGUUUGGGUCCAAAUUAAUUGGAACAUCGGUAAUCCACUCAAGUUCCAGAAGACGUUUCAAUUUGCUCUUGGCGAAAAUACUGUUAUCCGGUUUCAUAAUGAGAGGCUUCGGAACUUCUGUGUGACUUGUGGGCUGUUAACCCAUGAGAAAAAGGAAUGUCCUUUGGAAAUCAAUGGUGAUGAUCAUGGCGCUAAUGAUGGUGACGAUGAUGACAAUGACGGUGAUGAUGAUCAGAACCAUGGUGCUUUUGAUCCUGCUGAUAUCAACAUCGAUCAAGCGGUUGCUGGACCGUCUUCGAGUACUCGCGACUCUCCAAGGAGCUCGUCGGUUGAGAUUGAUACCGAUAUGACUGCAGAACAUUCCACUUACCGGAAGGCAAGGGCUAUGGAUGGUGCUUCUCCUGGUUUUGGGAAAAGAAAGCGAGCAGAGGUUGAAGAAAUGCUCAGACACUUUGACAAUAACCACUCUGACAUCAACACAUCGGAUCUCUAUGCCGAUAUGAAUGUUGUGAUUCCAGGUAUCACCGAAACUGCUGUUAAUCACGAGACAAGUUUACCAUUGUCAGAUAUGUCUGCGGGUUUAGACAACUUCCGUAGACAAGUUGAGGAAGAACAAUAUCAGAAACUCAGAAGGGCUAAAGGGAAAUGCACAGAGGAGGAGUGA